CUUCUUCUUUCAACUUUUAAAUGGUGGUGUUAUAAGUACAUUAUGUACUGUAUAAAUCAUUCAAAAUUCAAAACUUACAAAUGGCUAGCAACAUAAGGGAAAAACAUGUUGCAGUUUUUGCAUUCCCUUUUGCCUCACACCCUUCUAGCCAACUAAAACUCGCUCGUCGCCUGGCUUCCGCGGCCCCAACAGUGGUGUUCUCAUUCUUCAACACUGCAAAGUCUAACCGCGCUUUGUUCGCUGAACUCAGUUGCGACAACAUAUUACCGUAUGAUGUAUCUGAUGGCUUACCCAACAAUGAUGUUUUUGUUGGAAGUCCUCUAGAUGCUAUUAACCUGUAUCUCCCUGGGGCAGAGGAAGAGUUGAGGAGGGCUGUUCGAGUGGCGGAGAAGGAUACCGGGUUGAAGAUUACUUGUCUGGUUGUCCAUGCUUUCUUCUGGUUUGCUGCUGACAUGGCUGAGGAAAUGAAUAUUCCAUGGGUCGCCUAUUGGAGUGCCGGAACUUGUUCUUUGGCUGCACAUUUUUACACUGAUCUCAUUAGGCAAAAAACUGGCUCUAAAGGACCAGAUGAUGAAAUAACCGACUUGAUCCCGGGGCUCAAAGUGGUCCGACUAGGCGACUUACCAAGCGAAGUCGUCUUUGGAGACUUGCAAUCACCGUUCGCAAUCAUGCUACAUAAGAUGGGGAGAAACCUAAGUAGGGCGAGUGCUGUUCCCGUAAAUUGUUUCCAAGAACUAGACCCGGAUCUAGCCAAAAACCUCUCUUCAAAGUUGAACAAUUUCCUCCACAUUGGUCCCUCAAAUCUCAUAUCCAAAGAAAAAACACCACUAAAAGUUGAUGAAUUUUCUUGCAUUUCAUGGUUGGAUAAUCAAAAGACAAGAGCGGUUGCCUACAUUUGCUUCGGGUCGGCUUUCACGCCUCCACCUCGCGAACUGGUUGAGUUGGCUCAAGCACUCGAAGAGACCAAAACCACAUUUCUCUGGGCGAUAAGAAAAGAUUCGAAUAAGCAUUUCCCUGAAGGUUUCUUGGAGAGAGUAAGCGCUAAUGGGAUGGGGAAAGUUGUACCGUGGGCGCCACAAGAAGAGGUCUUGAAUCAUGUUGCAAUAGGGGUGUUUGUAACACACAGUGGAUGGAACUCCGUGGCAGAGAGUAUCGCAGCAGGUGUCCCAAUGAUAUGUAGGCCAAUUUUGGGGGAUCAACAUUUAAAUGCUUGGAUGAUUGAGAGAGUUUGGGGGAUCGGAUUGCGAAUUGAAGGCGGGAUUUUCACUAAACAUGCUGCUCGUCGUGCUUUGGAACAACUUCUCUCGUCAUCCAAAGGCCCCGCCGAGAGAAUUGAAUCAUUGAAACAUCUUGCUCACAAGGCUGUUGCACCAAGUGGGACUUCUACUCAAAAUUUCAAGUCUUUGGUGGAGGUGGUGAUCUCUGGUUCCGCCUAACACCUCGAUCCAAACCUUUGAACUUUAUCUGUAUUUCAUAGUUAUUUUCUUAAUGUUGUGCUUCCAAUCUUUAACAAGAAAUCUGAGUUUGAAAUGUAAUGUAUUGGGUGAAUCGGAAUAAUCUAUACUAUAUAAUAAAAGAAACCACUUUG